GCAAUAUUUACUGCAUGGCAAGAAGUCUUGCUGUUUUGUCAAAAAAUUUAGAAGUAUAUAAGGCAACAUAGCCAGCAAAACCAUCUUUUUCUUUACUUGGUGUUUUGUGAAAAGUAUAAUGGUGUAUCAAGAUACGAAACUAAAGCGUUCACAUAAUAUUUUUUUACACUGGUGUGGGUUUGAUCAAUUUAUUCCAGAACAAAUAGUGACAUCGUAUUGGAUUUCGCCAAAGGUGUUACUUCUUUAUCGUAUUAUCUGUGCUCUCUAUACCGGCUUCAUUUUUUGGUUCUUCGUCAUUGUAUUCUCAUUUUGGCCAAUUGAUUUAUGGAACAUCUACUUUAAAUUUUUCACUAUAUAUUCCUACGUUGGUCUUCAUGCGUAUUUUGUGACAACAGCCAUCUACGAAUGGAGAUAUAUCAAAAGUAAAAGUGUCAACUUCCUUCUGCAUCGAAAGUCUUUUUGGAAUUACACAUUUAUGUAUUUAUACAGCACAGUCGUAUGCUUCAAUAUCUUAACACCAGUGAUCUAUUGGACCCUACUUUCUUACUUGUUACCUCUUGACAAUUUCUUGUCAAUUUUAUUCAAUGUAUCUUUUCAUAUUCUGGCUUUCUUGAUGAUGUUCUUCGAUGUUUGGUUCACGAGAAUGCGAUUACCAAAACGAUUGGUUAUAUUCACGACUUUUACCGUCUUCCUCUAUAUGAUUGAGGCAUUCAUUGACCAUGCAAUCCAAGGGACCUGGGUUUAUCCAUUCAUGGAUUGGAAACAGGGAUUUGUAGCUUUCCUAUAUUACCUGUAUGUAGGUAAUGUGGAAGUAGCAGCUUUCUUCAUUAUGAAGGCUAUACACAUUCUGCGCGAUCGAUUAGCUUACAAAUUAGGCAAAGCAGAGGCAGCAGUGAAUUUUCCCGAACAUAGACAACGAGAAGAACAUGCUGAGUUAAAUACAGAUAUUACGCGUAUGGCAUAAAAACCGUUUGCGUAAUAUAACUUGACCAAUUAUUCUAUACUUUCAUAUUUUAAUAAUUAUAAGUUAAUUUAAUGAUUAUAAAGCUUUACUUAUGCA